UUAAACGACAACAAAACAGAAUAUUGUUAAAAUGCCUCCUUGCCUCGCCAGUGUAACCAAAAUCUAUGCAACACACCCAAAAUUGAAAAAACAAGACGUGGACACAAUUUUCGAUUGGCUGAAAACGCAACCCCACUUACCGGAACUGAAAGAACUUCAAGUGAUUUUAUUUCUUCACAGCUGCAAUUAUGAAACAUCCCAAACUAAAACCACCAUCGAGAAUUAUUUCACACUUCGAACAAGCUCGGACCUUUUUCAGAGCGCUGACGAAGACAUAGUCAGAAGAGUAUUAUCUACUGCAUUUUUAGAUAUUUUUCCAAAAAAAACUCCAGAGGGGUAUGUAGUUUUCUUACUGGGGUUGCUGAACCCCAACCCUGAGAAAUUCAACUGUAACGAAACUCUCAAAGUGGCUAUUAUGGUCCUGUGCUUGUAUUUUCACCAAUACGGUCCUGCAAACGGGUUGGUGCUUUUAGUAGAUUUGAGAAACACGACUUUUGGCCAUUUGUUUCGGAUGAAUGUCAGUGCAAUGAGGGGGUUUGCGAAUUUUUUGCAGGAUUCGGCGCCAACAAGGCUGAAGGGAAUACAUUACGUUAAUACCGUUCCUGUCACUAGACACUUUAUUACACUAGGGAAGCAAUUUUUGAAGAAGGAAAUUCACGAAAUGAUUAAAUCCCACACUGCACUAGAUUCGUUGUACGAAUAUAUUCCAAAAGAUUGCUUACCGGAAGAAUAUGGUGGCAUCGUUGAACCACGGUUGAAACUUCAUGAAGAAAAUUUAGAAAAUCUUUUAAAAAACUUGGAUUUUUUUAAGUGGCACGAUAGUCAAAAAGUGGACGAAAGUAAACGGAUUCGGAAGACGCAUAGAUGGUUUUUUAGAAUGUAGUAGUUAAAAUCUCAACACAUUUUAUGUAGAACUAAUGAUACAAUGUACACAAAAUC